CGGGAAGGCGCUGCAGUCAUAACAGAGGGCGCGGGUGGGCGGGAGGUGGAGCCUGGAGGUGUGAAACGGCAGCUGGGAUAGGUGACGUGCAGGUGGCGUAGACAGUCCUCAUUCACAAGGAUGUCUUCCGGGUCCCAGCUGAGGAACACCUCUCUUCAUCUGCGUUUAACUCAAGUCUUUAGGGAUCUAGUUCAAAAAGCUAUAGGAGAAGCACAGGCUUCCAAUCAUAUACAAAGAGUCACGGAUGAUGUGAAGGGUUUGUCAUCUUCAUCAUUAUCCUCAGCCGUUAGUAGUCAGGAAAAUAAAGACAAUCUUUCUGUGGAGUCACCAACGCCUCCAGUGGAAUCCCAAGAAGCUCCGAACUCGACCAAAUCAUGGCAAACAUACAUGAAACUGAUGAAACCAAGUGAUAAACCCGAACCGUCAGCUGUUCCAAAGUGGAAGCUUGAAGUGGCUUCUGCCAGGGGCGGCAUUGACGCGCGCACCCGCCACCUUGUGGACAUGGUGCGCUCAGCCCAGACGGACAUGUCGCGCUCGCGGCGCGUGGAGGACCUGAUCCGCCACCUGCGGCAGUACCCCGAGUCCUCCAAUCUGGCCUUCAUGGAGGGCGCCGUGUCAUCCCUGCUGAUGAUGUCGGAGCGGACGAGUGACUCGGUGGUGCAGAUGCAGCUGCGGGAGGCGCUGGCCAUGCUUGGCCACGUGUGGCCCGUGCCGGGCCGCGGCAUCCGCAUCCUCAGCAUAGACGGCGGUGGCAUCAGGGGGAUCCUGGCCAUCGAGCUGCUGCGCGAACUGGAGCGGCUCAGUGGUCAGCCCAUCUACCAGAUGUUCGACCUGAUCUGCGGCGUCAGCACCGGCGCCCUGCUGGCCGCCCUGCUCGGUCCGCUGAAGCGUUCGCUGGACGACGUCGAGGAGCUCUACACACGACUGGGCACCGAGGUGUUUCAGCAGACGCGCCUGCGGGGCACCACUAAGCUGCUCUGGCAGCACAGCUACUACGACACGGACGCGUGGCGUAACAUCCUGCAGCGCCACCUGGGCGAGACGCGCCUGAUCGCCCUCUCCCGCGACCCCGACGUGCCCAAGAUGGCGGCCGUCUCGACGCUGGUGAGCAGCGAGCAGCUGCAGGCUUUCAUCUUCCGCAGCUACAACCACCCGCACCACGUGCAAUCGCAGUACCAGGGCGGCAGCCAGUACAAGAUCUGGGAGGCGAUCCAGGCGUCGGCCGCUGCACCGGGCUACUUCCAGGAGUGCCGAAUCGGGGACAUGCUGCACCAGGACGGCGGCAUCCUGGUGAACAACCCGGCAGCGAUCGCGAUCCACGAGGCGCGCCAGCUGUGGCCGCGCGAGCCGCUGCAGUGCGUCGUCUCGCUGGGCACCGGUCGGUUCGCGCCGAACUCGCUCAGCACGCUGCCGGUCGCCGCCAGUGCCGACUACACCUCCUGGGUCACCAAGAUCAGGAAGUUCGUCGACAGCGCCACCGAUACAGAGGGCGUAAACACCAUCCUGACGGAACUCCUGCCGACGCACACCUACUUCCGCCUGAACCCCUACCUCAGCCAGAGCGUGACGCUCGACGACAGCUGCCCGCUCAAGUUGGCGCAGUUGAAGGAGGACGCGCGUAUGUACGUGCGCAAGAACGGCUUCAAGCUGGGUAGGGCGGUGACCGAGCUUGGUCGCCAGCGGCGCCGCCACCAGCAGCUCGUCGACUGGGUGCAGCGCCGACGCGACACGUACGCCGUCUAGCCGGCGCCGCCUACGGCAGGGACCGCGGCCGGUGUCCAGCGGCCUCGCUGACGAGCGGGUGUGGUGAGCUCGCCGGCGGCGGCGCGGCACCGUCCGCGAAACGAUACGCGGCGAACGGAAGGACCCCGACGAAUUGCGGCCUGUCGGUUGUUGAUGGCUGGUGGCUCGUGAAGUUUGUCAGGUUCUGAAAAUGGAGUCGGCUCGGCUCUGCCGACUUGUACUCAGUACGGGUUCCCUUACAAGUACCGGCCACUGCGCUGAGCCUCACGGGCGACCGAACCUGUUGCGGUGGGCGCUGCUCCCCACAUGAUGAUUGGGUGAUUAUUAAUUGAUUGGUGUCAAAUCUUGACAGCGUCGCCGAGAAACCUUGCACGGGUUAGUCCUUUUGCCGUCGCAUGAUGUUUGCGAGGCUAGAGUUUUAUCUCCUGCGUAGCUGCGGACGGUGCGUGGUCCUAUCUCAAGGUUCGCUACGAUCACAUCACUCACAGAGCGUCGGGAGGGGUAGAACACGUAUUUGCUUUUAGCUACCGCCAAUGUCACUCUCAGGUUGCUUUAGCUUCUGUUAAGUUUGCUCUGGCUCCUCACUGCAAGUAGCAGCCAGUGACUUGCAUGGGCGAUCGCUGCGGUGAUAUGUGUGGAGCCCACGUGGUGUUCCUGUUCGGCAACUGAAAUCAGCGGUGAGCGGCCCCGGGCGGUCUGUGCUGUGGUAUGCAUGUGUUGUGCUCUCAUGAUGUUCGUGUUAGGCGUCCUAGUCUCGUGUAUGUGAUGACUGACCAAGUACCUGAAAUGCCUGAGAGGAAAAAUGCAAAGCACGAAACAACACGUGUC